UGGCGGCUCCGGCGGCGGAGGAGGAACGGCCCCGAGCGGGGCGGGGGGCGCCGGGUGUUGAGCAACGAGCGGGGCGGGGCGGGGGGGAUUUAAGCCGCGCGGAGCCGCGCCGAGCUCUUCCCGGCGUCCCGCGGCCCGAGCGACGAGCUUCGAGCGGGGAUCGCUGCGGGCUGAGCCCGGUACGAGCCGCCAUGACCGAAACGACGCGUUACUCGGGCGGUGGGUUCGUCCACAUCAAAAACCCGCACCUGGAGGCGAUGGAUGAGGACGUCCUGUAUCACUUGGACCUGGGGACGAAGACGCACGACCUGCCGGCGAUGUUCGGGGACGUGAAGUUCGUCUGCGUUGGCGGCAGCCCCAACAGGAUGAGGGCGUUUGCCCAGUUCGUGCACAAGGAGUUGGGGCUGGAGGGCGACGGGGAGGACCUGGCCGACAUCUGCGCGGGGACGGACCGCUACGCCAUGUACCGCGUGGGACCCGUGCUGUCCAUCAGCCACGGAAUGGGCAUCCCUUCAGUGUCCAUCAUGCUGCACGAGCUGAUCAAACUGCUGCACCACGCCAAAUGCCGGGACGUCACCAUUAUCCGCAUUGGAACUUCUGGAGGCCUAGGGGUGCAGGCCGGCUCCGUGGUGAUCACAGACCGGGCGGUGGACGCCUGCUUCCAGCCGCGCUUCGAGCAGGUGGUGCUGGGCGACGUGGUGGUGCGGGGCACCGACCUGGAUGGGGGCCUUGUGGAGGAGCUGCUGGCCUGCAGCAAGGACAUCCCUGACUUCCCCACGCUCGUCGGGCACACCAUGUGCACCUAUGACUUCUAUGAAGGUCAGGGGAGGUUGGACGGAGCUCUGUGCUCGUUCUCCAAUGAAAGGAAGCUGGAGUAUUUACAGCGAGCUCACGAUGCUGGAGUGAGAAACAUUGAGAUGGAGUCCACGGCGUUCGCUGCGCUGUGCGGGCUGUGCGGGCUGAGAGCUGCCGUGGUCUGCGUGACGCUCCUGGACCGGCUGCAGGGGGAUCAGAUCCGCGCGUCGCACGCGGUGCUGCAGGAAUAUCAGCAGCGGCCGCAGCGCCUGGUGGCUGCCUACAUCCGGAGCCGGCUGGGGCUGGGAGCUGCUGCGGGCAACACGCGGCCCGACAGACACUGAGCGCUCUGCCAUCCAUGGCACCGACCCACAGCACGGCGAGACGAGCUGGAAAGCAGGAAGGGCAGAAUGGGGGGGCACGAGCCCCCAGGGCUGUGGAGGCGCCGCUGCCUGCAGGGAGCUGAACUGCAAACACUGCAGUGCUGGGGGAUCCAACCAGCUGCAAUGCCGGCAGUGCUGCUCAGGAAAUAACAGCGCGCCCCACCGGCUCCUGGGGGUGGAAGGACCGUCCUGCAGGAGCCCCCAGGGGAGCACGCUGCUCCCGGUGCGGCUGAGCCAACAGCACACAGCUCAUCUGCCACCAGCCGGGCUGCGAGCGCCGCCCCGUGCUGUAAAUGGGCUCGUGGGGGGGGGCGCACAUGGGGGUUACGCACAAUCCCAGCCUAAUGACCAUUGGAACCGCUCCCAGGUUUGCAGGCUCACAAUUCACUUGCAAGUGAAUUUGGGCAUUUUUAGAACAGCGACUUACAGGAUUCAGGAAUUCAGAUAAAUAAAAGUGCUACACGUCAAAAAAACUUGACAUAGUAUCUCCAAUAUUUCUAAAAGCACAAAACAUUUC